AGAAUGUGGCAGGGGUGAGGGAGGGCAGGGUGGCAGCCGGGUGGAAAGAAAUUGAGGGGGCGCUUCUGGGAAGGAAGGAAGGGAUUGACUCCUGCGUGUUCACCAGGCCCUGGGGCCACUGCCCUGUGGUAACUGGUAGCGAUCAUUCAGUCCCUCAGGCUGGAGGAGCAGCCUGGAACUGCCAGGCAAGCACAAGGGAGGAGUGUCCCAGGAGAGUCAUGCCCUGGGGGUCCACAGCUGGGACUUGAAGACAGUUGCUUCUCACUAGAGCAUGUCUGGGGAGGGUCAUGAGUGCUCAUGCUGAGAUAUGAAUGGACACCUGGGGCUGCCGUUGGUGUGGCAGCCAGCCCAGGACCCAGAGUUUGCUCUGACUUGCUUGUGUAGAGUGGCCACUGGGAGGCCAAGGUGACAUCUGUGAGCCUGACAGGGAGGGUGGAGGGGAGGAAGGCCAGACAGGUGAAGGAAGUGCCAUCUGAAGACAGCCCUGGGGCAGAACCCAGGGAAGGAGGAUGAAUGGCCAAGGGACAUCAGGGAAGGUAGCCAUCGGAGGGGAGCUUGGUCCUGGGUCACACAGCUAUACCUUAGUAAGGCUUAGACCUUGUGUAUCUCCCCCUGCCUGCUGUUGUAGGGGCCGAUGGCCUUCGAGGAUGUGGCCGUGUACUUCUCUCAGGAGGAGUGGGGGCUCCUGGACACAGCGCAGAGAGCUCUGUACUGCCAUGUGAUGCUGGAAAACUUCGCACUUGUGGCCUCACUGGGGCUCUCCACCUCCCGACCUCGUGUGGUCGUCCAACUUGAGCGUGGCGAGGAGCCCUGGAUUCCCAGUGGGAUGAACUCGACGCUGGCCAGGAACACCCACAGGAGGCACAACCCUGGCUCCUGGUGUUUGGCAGACGACAGAGAUGUUUCUGGAGAAGCAGCAUCGCCUGAGGCCUUACCGGAUAGCCCCCCUGCAAUGCCUACUAGGGUCGUACCUGUUGUUGGCGCCUGCCACAGUGCAAAAGGCCUGGAGGGACAAUGGGGUGCGUCCCCAUCACAGGAGCGAAAACCCACGGGGGUGUCGAUGAUCUACUGGGAGAGGCUCUUGCUCGGCUCGGGCACCGGCCAGGCCAGCGUUAGCCUGCGACUGACGUCCCCGUUGAGGCCUCUCGAGGGCGGCGGGUCCAUGGAAAACACGCGCACAGGCCGCCCUCAGCCAGGGAUGCAGCCCACGGUGCCCAAGCGGCAGAAGCCAUACGCGGGCAACGCCCCUGGGAGAGCCUUCCGCAGCGUCCCUGACGUGGGGUCUGUUAGCACUAGGCAGGAACACGGAAUGAGCGUGGCUUGGCACGAGCCUCAGAGACUCCCCAGCGACCGGGAGCCCAGAACCUGGGAGGAACUGGGCGAGGCUCUCCACGCUGGCCCUGGCCUCCCGGGAGAGAAGGCCUUCGAAUGCAGGGCGUGCAGCAAAGUGUUCGUGAAGAGCUCAGACCUCCUCAAGCACCUGCGCACCCACACCGGGGAGCGGCCCUACGAGUGCGCCCAGUGCGGCAAGGCCUUCAGCCAGACGUCGCAUCUGACGCAGCACCAGCGCAUCCACAGUGGCGAGACGCCCUACGCGUGCACGGCGUGCGGGAAGGCCUUCCGGCACAGCUCCUCGCUAGUGCGGCACCAGCGCAUCCACACGGCCGAGAAGUCCUUCCGCUGCGGCGAGUGUGGCAAGGCUUUCAGCCACGGCUCCAACCUCAGCCAGCACCGCAAGAUCCACGCGGGCGGGCGGCCCUAUGCCUGUGGGCAGUGCGGCCGCCGCUUCUGCCGCAACUCGCACCUGAUCCAGCACGAGCGCACGCACACGGGGGAGAAGCCCUUCGCCUGCGUACUUUGCGGAGCUACGUUCAGCCAGGGCUCCUCGCUGUUUUUGCACCAGCGGGUGCACACUGGGGAGAAGCCCUUUUCCUGCGCUCAGUGCGGCCGCACCUUUAGCCGCAGCUCCAACCUCACACAGCACCAGCUGCUGCACACUGGCGAGCGGCCCUUCCGCUGCACAGACUGCGGCAAGGCCUUCGCUAAGGGUGCUGUGUUGCUGAGCCACCGGCGCAUCCACACUGGCGAGAAGCCUUUUGUGUGUGCACAGUGUGGCCGCGCCUUCCGGGAGCGCCCGGCCCUCUUGCACCACCAGAGGAUCCACACCGGGGAGAAAUCUGGCAGGCUAGGGCCAGCCUGCGCCCCCAGACCGGGCGUCCAUCGUGGGCAUCAUCGAAAGGUGCACCGAGGAGGGAAGCAGAGCUCACUCCCGAUUAGGGCCCAGCAGCAAUCUCGAAGCCAGCCGAGGCCUGAGGCCACAACCCCGCCCUUCCCCGGCCUUCUGUGAAUCUCUACCUCAGCUACAGAGCCUAUGUAGUCUGCAAAUCCACAGUCGGGGGAAGCCCUGUGCAUUUGAGUCAGAGAGGAGGGAGAUCCUUUGGCUAUGGUUCCACUUGCACGUGGUGACAGGAUUUGCCACUUAAGCCCCAGCUCACACCUCCAUCCCCAGAGAGGUCACACAGCAGAAAGAUCAGGGUUAGGACAUAGCAGCUGGGACUCUGGUGGGCCAAGACUCUAGUCAGAGCCAGUUGGAGACAGACAAAAGCAGCCCUGCACAGUGUUGACACUUCACAUGUGUUAUGGCAGUGGCUGCUAAGGUGAGGAGGGGAAAUAUGGGUAUGGGGUGCAGGGAGGGCCAGAGAAACUUCUGAUGUUACCACACAAACUGGCCACAGGACAGAUACUGGGGAUAUUCCCUCCAGGCCUCAGUUGAUCCAAGGAUUCCUGGGGCCAGCCCAGCAGACAGGAGGCUAUAGGGCAGUGGGGUCAGGUUUGUGGCCUUGGACAAAUGGCUGGGCUCUCAGUUUUAGCUUCCUCCUCUGGGAUACAGAAAAAAGAUCUGGGUCCACUGAGCAUCAUUGUUGGCAGACACUCUCAAACUCCUAAUAAGGCCAGGAUGUGUUUGCUGCAAGCUCCUGCUGUAAGUGCUGGGAAGUUUCUCCUAUAGCCCUGUGAGGUGGCUUCUGUGGCUGGCAUCCCUACUUGGAAGAUGAGGAAACUGAGGCACACAGAGGGGAAGAGAAUUGUCCAUGGCAGACAAUAGAGCCAGGAUUCAAUCUCGGGUGGACUGGCCAAGCGUCACAUCCUGGGCUGUGCUCUAGUCUUCCAGGUGUGAGGGCCUGGCCUGGCUCCCCACACAUAGCCAACUUGGGCUGUGGAAGCCUUCAGAGGAAGAUGUGACUCUCAGCUUUGGAAACACAGAUCCUAGAUGAUGGUUCUCCAGUGGUGCUUGUGCACGUUCUUCUGCAAGCCUCAGCAUGGGCCAAGUCCUGCCACUGACCCUUGUUACCAAUUUUGACAUUAUAAGGAACUUUUACAUCUGAGUGACAGUAAUGACUUCAGAGGAGAAAAGAAGGCUGCUCAUUUUGCUGAGCUUGGUGGCCAAGUGCCCUCAUUCUCCCUCCUCAAUUGCAGGGUGGACAGACAGCUGAAUAGGAAGGGCUUGCCAUUACCUAAAGUUGUGAUCCUCAACCCCUGGGCUUUGGACCAGUGCCAGUCUGUGGCCUGUUGGGAGCUAGGGUGUGUGGUGGGAGAUGGGUGGCGGGCGAGUGAGGCUUCAUCUGUGUUUGCAGUUGCUCCCCAUGGCUGGCAUCACUGCAUGUACUCUGCCUCCUGUGAGAUCAUUAGCAGCAGCAUUGGAUUGUCAUAGGAGCGCAAAUCCUACUGUGGACUACAUCCAUGUGAGGCAUCUAGCUUGCGAGCUCCUGUGAGAGUCUGGUGCCUGAUGAUCUGGGGUGGAGCUGGGGUGGUGGUGCUGGCACUGGGGAGCGGCUGCAAGUGCAGAUUGUCAUUGGCGGAGAGGUUUGACUGCAGAAUGUGGUGUGCUUGUGUCAACUUGGGACUCCUCUGUCCCAUCUGUGGACGGAUUUCUAUGAAAUCUGUCCCAGAUGCCAAGAAGGUUGGGGACCACUGACCUAACGCCUUGUGUGAUGCCUUCCUGAGAUCCAACCACCACCCUUGUAAUGCCCCCAGAUGGUAUGGACAGAAGGGUGGAAUGGGGGGGGUGGGCCUUAUCCCAGUUUGCUUCCUGUGGGUUUCAGUAGACCAGACCUCUUCCCUACGUGGGGAGCCUUACCUCCUAGGAAAUUCAUGGUCUUUUUACUAGUAAAAAAAUUAGCAUUUACAA